UAUCCUUAACAUGGAAAGGAAUUAAGACGACCGAUGACAACUAAGGAAACACGGGAAAAAGGGGACCUCGUUGUGGUUGUGUAUGUUCCCUCUCGUUGCACGGAUAAAAGAAAAAUAACGUAUUUAUUUUUUCCAAUCACAUAUUACUUUUCUGUAUGCAUGUAUUUUUCUUCAAAAUAAUUGUGUGGGUGGGACGUACUUCCUCAAUAGAGGAUAUCGUCACGUUCGAUUCACGGGUGAAAAUCCGUAGAAAAACAAAAUUAUGGGCAUCCAAAGUUCAGUCAGGCACGAGAUAAUUGCGGAUAGCGUGAAAAAAUCCAGUCCAGUUCAUGUCGUUUGAUGCAGGAAAAACGGGCCAUUCGAGUUGGCCAGCCGCACUCACGGACAAGCUCUACCGCAGGAAGAAGAAGAAAAACAAAAAUAUGACAUUUUUGUUCUUUUUUAAAACUUGUGGCUUAAUAAUUCGCGUGCCACCACGACUACCAGUUGAUACGCCCAGUCGGACGCCUUGUGAAUAUUAGGCGUUUUUCUUUUUCUUUUCUAAAUUUCGUGCCCAGUCUGUGGAGCUACUAAACCAAAAUCUACGGGAAUAGCACAGACAAGUGGCCAAAAAUAAAAAUUGCUGUUUGGUUAGUGACUUUCUUCCGGGGUAUGCGGGCUGUUAUUUUUGAAGGAAAGCGGACAGCAAAUAAGAAAAAAAAAAAUUGUUUUCAUUUGUCGAGAGAAAAGAGGAUGUUCCGCAUUGCGACGAUUUUCGUUGGGGCUUUGUGGUAGCUCAGUAGAACAAAGCUGCAGGUUGGCAUCCCGGCAAUUGUUUCUUCUGUUCGUCAUCAUCGUUGACUUGGUCGCAGCAAUGUUUCUCAUCACAGGGGCGUGCCGGGGCGAAAAUGCUUUCAAACCAACAACAACAACAACAAAAAAAGAGUUUCCGCUCAAAAAAAGGUAAAUAUGAUGUACGUAUCGUAGGUAGGUACCAAAGAGAAAACGAAAACAAAUUCUUAACCAAUUAUUUAAUGGGAGGAGGUCACGAAAAGAUGGGUAGAAAAUAGAGAUUCAUUCCGACGGGAGUAGUCUCGAAAAAAAAAACAAAUGAAUCAUUUAAAAAAUCCAAGGAACAAGAAUAUGUGGACGGAGAACAAGUGAAGAAUGUUGCUGGAAGACAUUUGCACCGGUCGAGUUAAAUAUUUCAACGAAAUAACACCGCACACCACGCACUGCUGUGUGUGUGUGUCCAUGUGCGCAUGUCUUGUUUUUAUUAUGUCGUUCUUGGAAACUCAGAAGCGAAAGAAAAGUGGACCGCGCUGCUGGGCACGUUCCAUACCUGCAUCGUUUCUGCCUACACGGACGAUGAAUUGUAUCGAGUUUGACGGGAUGUGACGGCAGAGCCCAUUCUGGCCGGCCAUUGUUGAUCGAGAUAUUGUUCUCGGAUGACAAAAGAAACCGAAAUGUUGGCGACGUUCUGCGUGUCGUUAGACUGUGGACAGACGCACAGAAAAGAAGAAUGAUCGUCGUUUGGACUAAGACGGCAUUGUGCAAAAGGAAAAUUGAAAACACAUCACGCAAAAGAAACCGUCGUGUUUCGAUACGAGCACAAGUUUUGUCUGUUCAAUUGGCUACGCUUCGUUGAUGGCGGAUGUACGGACGAUGUCGAUGACGUAUCGCUACAUCAAUGGGUCACUAUAUAUGGUUCCAAGACGAAAGCGUAUCGACAUGUAAUGAAUUUCGAAAUCAACGUAUUUAAAGUCGAAUAGACGGAGAAGGGAAAUGGAAUUUCAAAUGGAAAACCUAUCGCGUGUACCACCCCUAUUAAAAUAAUACGAACCAUGGAACAGACGUGGUAGAGCCUGACACAUUUUUGUAUUGUCCGAAUGGACAUGAGAGGGGUAGUAGCCGGGGUAGGGAAGCAAAAAGGUGUUUUAAAGGUAAUUUUUUUUUUUAAAUACCUGGAAAAAAGGUGGAGGAGGUUCUAGACUAUGGAAUGAAGUGGGCGGAGCUUCUUGUGGCAUUUGGGGCUCGUGUGUGUUAAAUUUGUUUUUUCUUUUCUCUCUUUAACUCUGUUGCCUUUACCUAACCUACCUUCUCCCUCCACGUUCGUUCUUCUUCUAUAGUCUUCUUCAAGAGAACAAGAAAGCGGAAGUUUAUGCAGGAGGACUGCCCUCCCCUUUAGGGAGAGAAGAAAACGACUCAAAAGUAACAGAGAGGUCUGACUAGGCUAGCAGUUGUGUGUUGGUCGCCGUUCGAGACUCUCGUCAUCACAUUGUGCGUCGUUUUAUCUCCUCUUUUUUUUAAUAUUGUGUGUGUUGCCCUCAGAUUGAUGUUCGUCUCUUUAAACCCGCUAUAGUUGAUCGUAGAUGGUUGGUCAUGAUAAGCGCCCCGUCCAAAAACAGGAGUUCAAAAACUUUAGUAACCGCACAAAAACCAACUCGAAAACCUGAUUAUUCAGUUUUUCUUUUCCUGGGUUAUUGAACUUUUUGUUUGUUUGUUUUGCACAGUCGACUGUUGAUUUUUAAUUAGACUCGAGCGUCGAGAGUGCAUCUAUCAACAAGUGAUUCAACACAUUGCCUUAGUGAGAGUCUGACUGGUCAUCGACGUCGCCAAAAGAAUGGCGCCCAUUCAUCAACGGAUGGACAGGUAUCACGAUCUGCCUCCUCCACCGCCGAUCCCACUCAAAUUGAAGCCGAAAACUCUCAAGAAAUUGUCGCAACAAGCAGCCAGAGGACAGCCGCUCUAUUUGAUUGUCGGUCCUCAUUCAGCGGCUGCUGCCGGUCCACGACCGAUGGCCACUGCGAUGCAUCCGCCACCAUUGCCUCCCCAUCCACCCCAUCCUAAUCAUCCGUCACGCAAUUUUGCCGUCGUUCAUCCUCGAGUAGAACGUCAGCAGAGAAUGUCUGCAAUGAUGGCCGGACCAGCCAACAGCGUCGGAACGGCCCCGUCGGGCAGCGAUUCGAUGAAAAGUAUGAGCUUCUCUUCGGCGCAAGGUUUGAUGGACAGUCAAAACCGAUUUCGUGGGGACAAUUUCAACGCGCGUUUGCGCGCCCAUCAGCAGCUGUUUCCAUGGAAUCCGCACAAUCAAAAGAACAGCCACAGCAGCAAGAGCUCGUCGAAUUGGGUGAGGCAUUUGACGAGCGACGACGAUGUCGAAGAAGAGGAAGAAGAAGAGGAAGAAGAAGAGGAACCGAGAGGAGCAGGAGGCCAUCGUCCUAUCAAUAAUAGCAAAGCAGACACGGUCUCGUGUAUGGAAGCUGUGACAACAAGGACCAGCAGCGGCGUCCGACCUGAAUACCAACUUGGGCCAUCCGACCGCAGCGCUCGGCUCGUCGGAGAGAUUCAAUUGAGUUCACGGGUGGCCUCUAUGACCAUAGCCGAUGUCAGCCCUCGCUUUGCCUUCAAGAAAAUUAUGAUGCUGUCCGAGAACAAACAGUACCGCGAAUCGGCCAAUUUUAUUAACCGGCUGAGUGGCGGAACAUUCGGCGUCAUCGUCCAUGAUUUGCCCGUUGACCAGUUUAUCGAAUCGAUGCCGCAAUCGCUGCCCAUCAUCGAGUCUUUGUACACUAAAGUGUUUUUGUCGGAUGGCAUGACUCGCAACUCGAUCCAAUUCCUGCGUCCGGAGAACGUCGUCCAGCAGAUGGUCAAGUAUUUUGCUCAUCAGGAAGAUCAUCCGCCUACACCGAGCGGGGGGUCGGCUUCCGCUUGGCCGCCGAACGUCUGGCGUUGGGACUAUUGUGGACCGUUCAUCUCCAGCUGCAAGAAACUGUUGCGCGUCAUCGUCCUCACCGAGCCAAAAAUUCGCAAAAGUCUUUUCCAAAAACGAAGAGCCCUGGGCAAAGCCAUCGAAGGUCUGGGUCAACACGGAUUGGUUGGCACUUCCGAUGAGAAUCUGAUGAAUUUACACGAUGCCUUACAGGACGAGUUCAAUCGUGUUGUUCAAUCGUACAAGAGUGCGUUGGACAAAAUGGUGGAACUGGAAUUAGCGCAAAAGAAGGGAGCAAACCGGACGGUAUCAAACGGCCCGGCUCCUAUCGCUGCGUCGCAUCAGCGUCUCCUGUCGUUAAAACAAUCGGAAAUCCAGGAACGACUCAUUAAAAACAAGACGCUCUUGAAUGUGGUCGAACCGACUCUAACCAACCAUUCGCUGGAUCUCUUCCUGGGCAUUUUGCAGCGUCGCAUCGAACUCGACAAGGAAGCACUGUUCCAGUUUAGCCAGUUGAAACGUGAUCAGCCAGCCAAAACGGGAGAGGCCACGCAGCACAUCGUUGUCGCGCCCAUAUUAAUGAAAUAUUCGCACGGAUGUCAACAGGUCCUGGAAUUGAUGAGAGAAGUGAGCUCCGAUCAAAACCCGCAAGAAGACGAUUUGGAAGAUUCCAGUGACGUUUCGGGCUAUCAUUCGGAUUCGGAUUCAGCAGUGAUGAUGUCAGGCAAUUCACCUUUCGUAUCAAAAAGCGCCCGCUACAAUUUCCUUUCUCGAUCAGUUCGGCUGGGAAGCCGUGCGAGCAUCCGGGCGUCAUUGCUCGUCAAUUCGCUGGGACUCGAGGCAGGUGAGAUCAAAGAGCAGAGCGGUCAGGGCCAAGGCCAAUCUAGAAACGGCCGACGAAUGUUGUUGGCUAAGGCCAAAAAUGCUUCAAUGUCAUCGUCGACGGGCUCCAAUUCGCCCAGCAGCGAACGUGAGAGUGACUACCGUUCUAGUGGCAUCUCUUCUGGAACCGGAUCGCCUGACUCCCGACAGGCUCUCGCCAAUGACGCCGGCCGUCUAGCCAAUAACACUCCUCCGUGUCAGCGAUGCCAAGUUCAAAAUUUGAAUAAUACGAUUGUCGGCAGUCACGGCGUUGAUCCAGCACUCCAGGCCGAAUUGGAAUCCAUUAAAGCUGAAAUGAAUAAAGCCAAUGCCACGAUAUGCGCAUUGCAGGAACGCGAGAAGAAAAUGAAAGCCAGGAUGGCUCUUCAAGCUCAGAAGAUGGUCGAACGAGGUGUGGGACCUAGCAAAUUUGAAUCGAUUUCGUCCGAACAGCGAUCCGAUUUGAUUCAAAACUACGGCGGGUUGUACACGCAGUCGCGCGUCGAAACGCUCGACUACCUCGACAAACUGGAAGAGCUUCGUGGUGCUGAUGAACUGAAAUCCAAGCUGCUUUUCUCCGUCAUUGUGUUGGCCUUCCGCUCAUUGCAAGCGACUUCUACCCAAAUGAAGGAUCAUAUCAAGAGAAUCUUACAGAUUCCACCUGGCUCGAUGCAUCAGCCCGUGAACAAUAACAACGCAGUAUAUCUGCCACCUCCUCCUCCGCCACCGCCAUCCGCAUUGGCUGCUCCGUCCAACACUAAGCGCCAAAUCACGCCCCCCGCCAAACCCGCUAAACCGGCCAAACCGUUGCGUAAGGAACGUAAUGCUGGCUACGAGGUGGAACAAGCUGUUGCUCACUAUCUUAGAGAGUCGGUAGCAACGUUCGAUUUAACUAAAAACACAGAGGAUGUUUGCAAUCAGAUUUGGGCUACGUUGUACGAUUAUCCUUGCCUUCGUUCAUGUGACCCGCUGGUGAAAUACAUCAAGGACUCGGUGCGAUUGGCUUGGUCUCUUGUCAAUCAGUCACCUCCAUACGUGCUCGACUACGAGGCCAGAAGUUUCAAUGCCGACUAUCACAUCCGCUUCCACACUUCCGACCCCAAUGAUAAUUCCAUCAAGACUUACUUGUGGCCAGCGCUGGUCGAAGGCCAUAAUGGACCUUGUCUUCAAAAGGCAGUCGUCAUCACUUAAGUGACAGCAGGUGACAAGGCGGGCAAAACCUGCCUGAACAACACAAACAAUUUUGUAACUUAAAACUUGACGUUUAAUCUUCUUUUUAUCUAUACAAUCAACUAUCUAAUAGAUAACUGCGUCUUUUUUCUAUAUAUCUAUUAACCUUGGUUUGUCUGAUAAUGUAUAUCUAUUUGCUAUUGCAUCAUAGUACAUAUACCUUGAUUUCACAAUUUAUGAACUCAAAUGGUAUAUUAAAGAUAUUCAGCUCGUCUAAUUUCCUUAAACUUUAGAUGUUAUUAGAACAUGAUACAGUUGGUUUUAGCAGGAUUGAUCCUGAAGUGUUUUAAUUCCCGUUUUUUUUUAAAGAACGUCAUUAUUCCAUGAUUGUAUUUCAAUUCAAUUAUUCCUUCUUUUUCUAUUCAUUGCAUUGUUUUACUCUAGUGGCUGAUGCAGGUUUGCUUUUUGGUGUGAACCUGAGGAAUAUUAAUCACAGCUAUAGCUGGGGCCAAAAUAUAGGCUCCUGUUCGGCAAGGAGAUGUUUUCCUCUUUUUAUACAUACACAAGCGUAUCAAAAACAAAAAACAAAACCAAACAAAAAAUAAUAAUUUUAUAUAAUUAAUUUUAUAUAGCGCAUUUGUAUCAAAGUAAGUUUUUCGUCUCAUUUGUAUCGUGGCGCUAAUGAACGUAAUACAAUGGCUCCUUGUACUUCCCUUCAA